AUGUACCACUUUUCCACCUUUGCGUCGCUCGACCUCUUCUUCCUCUGCGCACUUUUCGCAGCUUUCUCGCUUCCUUUUCUGUUCCUGCGCCAAAGGAUGAUUGGCCAGGCCGAAGUGCGCGCGCCCGUCUGGGCAAACCUCAAGCGCGAGCUGACUAUCGACGACCUGAAGGCCAAUGCUGCCGCAAAGGCAGCCGUAAACCGUCAUGUGAAGCCAUUCCAGUCACUCAAGGAGGGCGGCGGCGUUGUGGUCGACACGACACCAUCAUCUCCAUCACUGGCCAAUCAACAGCACUCGACGCCGCCGCCGCCGCCGCCAGACGUCCCGACGAUGCAGACGGUCCUCAUGCUGUACCAGCCGCGCACCCGCUACGCCCUCACGCCCAAGCACGACAUCCCCAGCCUACGCUCCGACGACGAGGUGCUGAUCAAGGUGAAGGCGAUUGGCCUGAAUCCCAUAGACUGGAAGGCACCAGACUUCGGCUUCGGCAUCCCCACCCUCCCCUACAUCAGCGGCCGCGACUUCGUCGGCACCAUCGUCGACGCGCAUGACCCGUCCUCUCCCCUGCACCCCAGCACUAGUACUAGCAGCAGCAGUAGCUCCGCCUGCCCCUCCCCCAGCGGCACCAUCCCCCCCAGCAGCAGCAGCAGCAGCAGCUCUUCUACCACCACCACCACCACGACGAAGGACCAGAAAACCCAAACCCUCUACCUCGCCAUCUCGACCGACUACCGCGACCCCCGCAAGUCGGCCUUCCAGCAAUACGCCGUCGCCACCGCCCACACCGUCUGCCGGCUGCCGGCCGCGCUGCCCGCCGCCGCCGGCGCCACCCUCGGCGUCGCCUUCGUCGCCGCCGCCCUCGCCCUCGGCGUCUGCUUCGGCCUGGAUUUUUCUUCUCGCGUCGACCCUUCCACUUCUUCCGCUUCCGGCUCUGAUCCCUCUUCUUCCUCGUCGAGCAGCACCGGCGGAUUCCUUGCAACGGCAACAGCAGGCCCCGACUUCCGCGCCCUCCUCGCCGCCAUCCCCGCCGCGCGGAUCCCGGGCGACUGUCUCGCGGAGGCGCAUCUGCAUGCAGGAGCUGAUGAUCAACGCCGGCAGCGGCAACAUCAGCGCGCCAAAAAAGGCGACUGGCUCGUGCUGUGGGGCGGGUCGAGCACGACGGCGCGGAUCGCGGCGCGGCUGGCGGGGCGGCGCGGGGCGGGGAUGCGGGUGGUGGCGGUGGGGGACGUGGUGAAGCAUGGGGGGAGGAUCGUGGGCGGCGCCGGGGCUGGUGGUGGGGGACGUGGUGGUGGGGAUGAGGACGUCGAUUUGUGGGUGGAUAGUCAUGAUCCGGAGAGGGCGGCGGAGGUGGUGAGGGGAGUGGUUGGGGGAGAUGCGGGUGUGGGGAGGUUUGGGGUGGAUUUUGUGGGGAGGGAGACGGCGGCGAGGUUGGCGCGGGCGUUGGAUUCGGGAGAGGGAUCGGGGCCGCCGGCGCAUCUGGUGGGGUUGGCGGCGGGGCCGAAGGGGGUGGGCGAGGGCGUCAGGGUGCAUUCGGUGCCGAUCAAGCUGUUUCACGAGGUGCCCGAGGUGGGGAGGGCGACGAUGGCGUGGCUGGAGCGGCUGUUGGAGGAGGGGUUGCUGACGCCGCCCGAGGUCGUGGUGGAGGAGGGCGGGCUGGCGGGGGUGAAUGGCGCGUUGGAUCGGAUGAGGAGGGGGGAGAUUUCCGGGAAGCGGUUGGCGGUGGAGUUGGAUUGA